CUCAUUCCCUACAAUAUCAUCAACAGCAAUCCCCAACAAGGUCUUCAAGUAUCUAUAUCUGCUAUAUCAUCGUCUGUAUCAACCCAAACAGUCGAAAUGCAUCUCUCAACUAUGUCCAUCGUCUUUGCCUCUGUCCUCGCCGCUGUGUCUGCGCGACCCCCGCCUACCGGACACCCCAACAAACUUCCCCCCUGCAAGCCUGGGCACUACUGGCCUGAUCACCGUGACUGCCACAGCUUCUUCGAGUGCGAUGCCGGACACCAGCCGGUUAGGAAGACAUGUGGUCCUGGUACCGCCUACGUCUGGGAGACUGGUGUUUGUCACCAUGAAGAUGAGGUGCCGAGCUGCCGUUACAGAGCUUCUGGAUACGGGGGUUUCCCAGAUAAAGAGGGCCAUGGGGGGUCGUCUCAAUCCAAGGAGCAACAUUUACACCGCGAUUGACUUGCCUCGUGGACCUUGGAGAGCCAUGCCAGUGCCCAAGGGGCCCCUGGAGAUCGGUACGAGGGAUUGAGAGUCAUUGAUUUUCUGCGAGAUUUAUUGCAUCAGCUCUAUGUACGGUAUCGUCUUAUACUUUACAGAUUACUAGCGCUCGGUUAAUCUAUUUGUGUCUGCUG